AUGCCUGGAACAAAGAAGUACAAAGAUUCUGAACAACAAGAACUUCCUCAAUGGCUUCAUGACUACCGAAAACCAACAAUCCUAAAGUACGAUACUUCCAUUUAUCCGUUUCGUCAACUCGUCGCCGACUGGCUCGGAGUACCAUCCGAUCAACUUGAAACCAUCCACCUGUUGCCUCUACCGGAAGCUUCCAAAGUUAAUCCAAGGAUAUGCCAAGCAUGGAAGGCGGCAAAAAUGCCACGGCUGACACGAGAAGCCAGAAUAAUGGAUGCUCAAACCCAGCGUCAAGUCUUUCAAUCGGAUGCCUACCACAAGCUGAUGGAAACCUAUCGUCUCUUUGUCAAAGAAGUGAUUGCCCCCGAUUGUGGAGAUCAAAAUAUUGUGUACCAGGCCCCACCGACCACACGUGUUGUACUACCCAAUGGGAGAUCCACCAUCUCGAUGCAUUCCGACAAGGAGUAUUCUGGACAUCAAGCAGCCGAAAUCAACUUUUGGUUGCCACUCACCAAAGUUGGAGGAACCAAUUCGUUAUGGCUGGAGAGUGCUCCUGGCAAAGGGGAUUUUGAACCUAUCGAGCUAGAAUAUGGUCAAUUCCUCAAAUUCAAUGGGUACGAUUGUCGGCAUUAUACCGUGGAUAACGAAACGGACCAAUGUCGAGUUUCGUUUGACUUUCGUGUGACUCCCUCUGAGUUGUGCCUCCAACGCAAACAAUGUGGGGAAUUUUGCGUAGAAGAAACUACUUCAGAAGGAUACAUUGCCUAUCCUCACAAAUUCUGGAAGAUUACAAGAAACAUGACCCACGGCGAGGAAGAGGGAUUGGAUCCAAUAGAGUAUAUUCUACCGUCUGAGGACAAAGCCAAAUACAUGAGUACUCUGAAGUCCUAA